AUGGGAACUUUACAGGAAUCAAGAAAUCUUGGAGGUUCUAGAAAGAAUGUGGAAACAUCAGAGCUGGGACCGUCACUGAAAUUUGGGGACGUGGAAUUGAAGGAAGAGUGGCAGGAUGAAGAGUUCCCCCGACUGCUCCCUGAGGAGUCCAAUUCCUCUGAAGAUCCAGAGGACCUUAGAGAAGGUACCCAGAUGGGUCCCCUAAGCACUUUAGCACUAUGUGGCAGGCGUCACAUGCGGAAGCGUCUUUCAGCCCCAGAGCUUCAGCUGAGUUUGGGGGAUGACACAGGUGACAAAGAAGGCUCUCCUGCCCACUCCACGCCUUCUUCCCCAAAUGGUAGCUCUGACAUAGAGGUGGAUGGUUUGGAGACACCCUCAGACUCAGAACAGCUGGACAGUGGCCAUGAAUUUGAAUGGGAAGAUGAGCUUCCCCAAAGAGAUGGCCCAGGGGCAAGUGAAGCAGCUGAAAGACUGGGCCAGGGUUGUGUGUGGGAUGUGGCUGGGGAGAAUGGUCAUCGCUGGAAAGUGUUCCGAACAGGGCAUCGGGAGCUUCGAGUGGAUAUGACGGCCAUUGAACCCUAUAAAAAGGUCCUGUCUCAUGGAGGUUACCAUGGUGAUGGCCUCAAUGCUGUUAUCCUUUUUGCUUCCUGCUACCUACCCAGAAGCAACGUCCCUGACUACAGUUAUAUCAUGGAGCACUUGUUUAGAUACAUGGUGGGGACUCUAGAACUGCUUGUAGCCGAGAAUUACCUGCUUGUCCACCUGAGUGGAGGAACAAGCCGGGCCCAGGUACCCCCUCUGAAUUGGAUCCGACAAUGUUACCGUACCCUGGACCGUCGUCUCCGAAAAAACCUUCGUGCCCUGGUAGUUGUACAUGCCACAUGGUAUGUGAAGGCAUUUCUGGUGAUGCUUCGGCCUUUUAUCAGUUCCAAGUUUAGCAGAAAGGUCCGUUUUCUGGAUAGUCUAGAGGAGCUGGCCCAACUCAUCUCCUUGGAACAUAUCCACAUCCCGGAUGCUGUCAGACAGCUGGACAAGGAUCUGCAUGGCUCUGGAGGGACCUAA